CGCCCGCUGACCGAAGGCAAAGCACUUGAUUUCGCCGAACAGAAAACGUAUGCGUAAAGAGCAUGGGCGAUCUUAGCUACUGGGACAGUGAGUGUGAAGUGGGAGACACAAAGAAAGGCUCCCACCGCUUCGUUCGGCUUCGUUCGGAGGGAAUUUUCGAAAUCUUGUCUGAGGACACGGCGUCAGAUGAGGGGUCCGUCUGCUCGAUCGAGUUCCGAGGCGGGGGUCCCCCUUUUCGCUUCGCAGCACCACCUUCUUCAUGAUGGGCGAGCUAGCUAGCCAGCUGAUCCUCCCCGAGCCGAGUCCGAAC